GGUAAUAAACAAAGAGAGAGGGGUUGAGUUGACUGAGGGGAUGGCGACGGUGCUGCAACUUCCGGUGAUCGAUUUCUCCUCGGAGAAAAAGCUCUCCGCCGCCGAAUCUAUCCGUCAGGCUUGUAUGGAUCAUGGAUUCUUCUAUGUUAAGAAUCAUGGAGUUCCUGAAGAAUUGAUAGAAGACGUUUUCAGAGAGAGUAACAGAUUCUUCUCUCUCCCCCUAGAAGAGAAGAUGGGGGUUUUCCGAGUCAAUUACCGGGGUUACUCGCCGUUGUACGAUGAGAAACUCGAUUUAUCUGAUCCGAAUCGUCCGCGUCAGGACGAGAAACUCGAUUCGUCCCGCCCCACCCGAGGUGAUCCCAAGGAGACCUUCUGUUUUGGUUCUUCCACAGGUGAUCUGGCCCAGCGUUAUCCCAAUCAAUGGCCUGAUGAAGAUAUUCUGCCGUCAUGGAGGUCAACCAUGGAGUGUUACUACAAGAGUGUCCUAUCUGUUGGUAGGAAGCUGCUUGGCCUAAUCGCAUUGGCGCUGAAUUUGGACGAGAACUACUUCGAGCAAAUCGGAGCCUACAGUGAUGGCGCUCCCAUUGUUCGCCUCUUACAUUAUCCAGGCGAACUGGUUUCGUGGAGUGAGGAAACAUAUGGAGCCUCUGCUCACACGGAUUUGGCGAUGAUCACUCUUCUUGCCUCGGAUGGAGUUCCCGGACUUCAGGUUUGUAGGGAUAAGUCAAAAGAAGCGCGUGUAUGGGAAGAUGUCCCUGGAGUCAGAGGAGCUUUCGUUGUCAACAUUGGUGAUCUGAUGGAAAGGUGGACUAACGGAUUGUUCCGGUCGACCUUACAUAGAGUGAUCCACGUGGGCAAGGAACGUUACUCCGUGGCGUUCUUCUUAGAUCCGCACCCGGACUGCGUUGUGAAAUGCUUGGAGUGUUGUUGCAGCGAAACUUGCCCUCCAAGAUUCCCACCGAUCCGUGCCGAGGACUACUACGACGGGCAAUUCAGCCUUACCUAUGGCCGCACUCCGACCGCCGGGAAAUGAACUGUGUUGUUGUCAUGAACGAAAUAAGAAUUUUGUAUUUCCAUAUAUGCUGUUCUUGAUUUGUAUUUGAAUUGUAAAACACAAACGCAUGUAACAUUAUUCGGAAUCAACCCAUUGUAAAAUCA